AUGACUUCGCGCAAGCCUUCAGAAUCGCCGUAUACAAACUUGACUACUGAAGAAAAUAAGUGGUCUCACGCUCAAUUCAAGGCCCCUUCCAAGAGUCCCACGGAUGAACCGUCUUCACAGAGUAAAGACGUGAGUCUAGAGAUUGAGCUUUUUGGUGAGGUAGAUGCAGAUGCCGAGCAAAUAGACAACGAUGAUGAGAUUCUUACAGAGUUCCGCGUCAUGCAGGAAUUCUAUCAUGAGAAACAGCGCAACAAAUUGCUCUCAUUGGAGGACUACAUAGCCUAUGAGAGUGAGAGACGAAAAGUGCUGUUGUUACUCAAGAAAAAGCAACAAAAUGACAUUCGGAACGCAGAGGAUGGUGUACAAGAGGAGGGCAGUGUGAAGGAAUUUACAGAGAAUGACUUAGCAAUGCUACAGUCUUUGCAUGCCGAGAAAAGCGUCCAAGAUAGAAAGAGGAUCAUAGAGUGGCAUAGUUUAAAUACUGCUGUGCUUGCUAGCCGAGAUUAUAAGCGCCGCAAGACGAACAAGUCCGCUCCUGGUAAUGAUGGAGAGUUUGCAGGGAAAGAUCCUGUCACAGUAAGACCUUCGAUGAUGAAAACGAACAUCGAGAUGUUCGCGGGCAAGGGAAAGAACACUACACCUGACUGCACGGCCAGUUGGAUAGAUAAGCAUGGAUCCACCUCGCGGCGGGAUACACCGGGGUCAGAAGAACAUCAGUCCCCAAGUCAGGAUCCACUAAAGGUAUACGAGAUUACUGUCACAGAUCGUGUGAGGCAGGAUAUAACAAAUUCGACGAUAGAUGAGGGAGACAGUGUUCAGCGAACAGACCGCCCCAUCGAAUGGCAGAAGUCAAUGAAAGCUUAUUUCGCUUCUUUCAACUUGGAGGAUCACAAGAAAGCAAGCACAGAUAGAGCGAUGAUCGAGAGAGCGAAGAAAUCUUUCUUUGGGCGUGGCUGUGUCUCUAUGCGGGAGGGUGGCGUCUUUGCUAUUAAAGGCAUGAGGACCCUGCUGAAAGACUACCAGCUGAUAGCCGCAGGCGAGAUGAGAGAACGGGAGACACAGCCAGGAGCCAUGCACGGAGGAAUUCUGGCAUUAGCAGCUGGGAUGGGUAAGACCAUCGUGGCCCUUUCUAACAUUGUCAACGGGCGAAAGCCGUUGGGAGUGCAGACCAGAUCUACGUUAGUUGUAUGCCCAGCGAGCCUAAAGGGAAAUUGGCGCGAGCAAGUCGAGGAACACUGCUACAGCAAUAAAGCCUUCGACAGAAUGGAUCGACAAGCUAAGCGACUUGCUGAAAAAUACGGCUUACGGGUGAUGACGUACGCAAAGCAGCUUCUGCAAUCUGGCUGCGACAUUGAUACUAUCGAAAGUCACGAUAUAGUGAUAACGACAUAUGAUGAAGUCAGAAAUUCGCAUCCAAGCUGGGAAGCUUGGUUAGCUAAGUUCGACCCCGAUGGGCAUAAGUCUGAGACAACGGUCAAUAAAGCUUGGCAGGUGUAUUUUGAGGGGAAUUGUGGCAUUUUUCAUCGUUUGGAGUGGCACAGAAUUGUGCUUGACGAAGGACACAGGAUUAAGUCGCCCAAGUCCGCUACAUCGAUCGCUUGUCGAGCUCUUAAGGCCGACAACCGCUGGGUGUUGACUGCGACGCCAUUAGACAAUGAAAUGUCUGAUCUAUAUGCGAUAAAGUCAUUUUUGCAAGAUCCGAAUAUUGGUGGACUGAAAACCUUCAAGAGAAACUUUUGCAAUCGUAAUGACACAGACCAUGCGGCCAGAGCAAAUGCAGAUAUCGGCAGAUUGAUCUUCUGCCGGACGCAUGGAGACUUGUUCAAUAACAAACCAUUAUUGCCAUUGCCGAAGAUCAUCGAGCGCGAGAUAAGAUGCGAACUGGACCCCCUGGAGAAGCUUAUGCUUGAUAUCUCUCUCGAGAACUUCUACGAUGAAGGAAAAGCGACCAAGCAGAGUCAAUCCAUGAGGAAGUCGAUCUUGCCUUUCAUCGAUCAACAUCGACGACUCCUCAGCCAUCCUAUUUUGUUUUAUCAUGUCAUACAGCACUUCAGCGAUCACCAGAUCAAGCUUCUUCACGAAUGUGCGGGGCGCUUGCAUAGCGAAAGCUGUGUAUCAGCUCCUGGCACUCGUGUUCGCCGAGCACGUGAAGCGAUACGACUGAAAGACGGAAUUGCUGGGCCAUUCGAGCUACGUGGUCGCUCUUACGGUCAGCAUGUAAGAUGUGAUAAAUACUGGGACUGCAUUCGGCGUCCCGUCGCGCUUGGAGAUACUCCCGCUGAAAACAUAUGUGUAGUUUGCGGGCAUAUACCUGAGAACGCACAAAUAGCGCCUUGCUUACACCUUUUUUGCAAAGACUGCAUCUUGGGGAUACGGGUAGGCUCAGAGCAAAUGUCAAAGGAAACAUCAUGCCCAAAGUGCUCAGCUGCGAUAACCCAAAUGAAGCCUUUCACGCAACAGAUCGGCAACGAGUCAAGAGCUCCAAUGGACCAGAAGCACAACCCGUGGAUAAAUUUACCUGGCCCAAUGAUGCCAUCAACGAAAACCCUUGCUCUAAAAGCACAGGUCGAAGAAUGGAUGGACGAAGAUCCUGCAGUGAAGAUAAUCAUAUUCACCGAAUUUCGACUGUGCAUAGAGCUACUGAAACACAUCUGUACAGCGGAGAACUGGAAGUUCACUACGAGCUACGGAGCGAUGAGCACGGAUGCACAAGACCGGGAACUUAGAAAAUUUAAGACCAGUGCGACGAAAAAUAUAUUGCUCGCCUCCAUCGGCUGCGUCGGAACGGGCCAUAAUUUGAAAGAAGCUACUCGAAUAAUCAUACUUGAGCCCAACUGGAAAGCAUCGACAGAGGAGCAGGCGGCAUUUCGGAUACUUCGUCUGGGACAAACCAAGGAAACUGUGAUUGUGCGCAUACAUGUGAAGGGUUCGAUCGACGAGCAUGUGGUUGGAAGACAACAAGUGAAAGCGAAUAUGGCUGCUGCAAUGCUCGAUUCUGCGAGAAACAGGAAAUUAACGCUGUCGGCUCUGAAGAAGCUGUUUGGUCCUAACAGAGACCCAAACGAAGGACGAGCGUUCGAGCUUGUAGAAGAUGAACCAGUCCCGGCAUCGUAUUGUCCAGGGCCGUCCACAGAACGAGGAAUUCCUUUCACCAAGAUGGCUACACGUGUAGAUACCGCUGUCUCGAGCAGCGGUAACUCUGAUGAAUAUUUUCAUCGAGAUCUCGACUGA